GUUCCAUUUAUGUUAUUCCAUAGUUUUGAUGACUUUACUAUUAUUCUAAAAUGUGAAAAAAAUAAAAAUAAAAUGAUAAUAAAGAAAUAUCCAUACAAUAAACAGUUACUCUGUCUGUCAGGAGUUGUUUGGAGCGGUUCAGGUCACUCUGUUGAGUUCAGGAUAUUCUCUGGGCAGCUUAAACUGGAUCAUUCAGUCUCAUUAUAAGAAAGUUUCUUAUAUCUCUGGCUCUUCUCCGCUCACCACACAUCCUCAAGGGACGCAAACACACCUGCCGCACAGCAGACUUCCUAGACAGCCUUUUUUAGGCAUCAAAGGCACGCUCUCGACAUGACUCUCUUGUACUCUUCUUUGUUGACUCUAGAUGGGCUUUAAGAGGAAGCAUCUGAUGUUGGUCUGAGAGUUUAUUUCUGUUGUAGUUUCUGCUUCAAGAGAACACAAUGUGCCAUUCAGUUUCUAUUUUGCGUGAUUUAAGUCUUGUGUUUUGUGUUUUUCAGCCGAUGGACCAGAGAUCUCUGAAGAACAGUGAUGUGCUCAUCCUGACAGGUCUGACGCAAAUCCCCACCGCCAACCCAGACGGCAUGCUGGGAGAAUUCUGCAGCAACCUGGCUAUGACGACCCAUUCCGGAGGGAACGUAUUGGUUCCAUGUUAUUCCUCUGGAGUCAUCUAUGACUUGGAGUGUCUGUAUCAGUUCAUGGACUCAGCAAACCUCGGGAACACGCCGUUUUAUUUCAUCUCCCCCGUGGCCAACAGCUCACUGCCGUUCUCGCAGAUCUUCUCAGAAUGGUAAGAAUUAGCUAAUUAAUCGAUUGUAGAAAAAACAAUGAUUUUCAAUAAACAUUGAAAAAUUUUAGGGAUGGGUCAGGAUAGACACUAGUGAUCGUGAGGUCAAUUAAUUUUAAGAGUUAUUUUGUUUAGAUUUUUUUUUCUCUAUUCUUUUUUACAUUUAAUAUUUUAAUGCAUUUUCCAUCUCCAUUAUGUUUUUCUUGUUACGUUAUG